CAAAUCCGAUGUCUCACCUUAUCUUCAGUACUGUAGAAACUCAGGAUAUGGUUUAGGAGGGAUGAUGAACACAAGCAGCAUGCAUGGAAACUUGUUGACAGGAGUAAAAGGUCCUUUUUCACUGACUCAAUGGGCUGAGCUAGAGCAACAGGCUUUGAUCUAUAAGUAUAUCACAGCCAAUGUCCCUGUGCCAUCUAGUUUACUCCUUUCUCUCAAGAAAUCUUUUUUCCCUUAUGGUUCUUUGCCUCCUAAUUCUUUUGGAUGGGGCUCUUUUCAUCUGGGCUUUUCCGGUGGUAACAUGGAUCCCGAACCAGGGAGAUGUCGCCGGACAGAUGGAAAGAAAUGGCGGUGCUCGAGGGAUGCUGUUCCCGAUCAAAAGUACUGUGAACGACAUAUUAACAGAGGCCGCCAUCGUUCAAGAAAGCCUGUGGAAGGCCAAAAUGGCCACAAUACUAAUGCUGCCGCCGCUUCUGCCGCUGCUUCUACCGCUGCUUCAGUGUCCAAAGCAGCGGGGACUUCGGCUGUUGCUGCUAUGCGUGGAUUAGAUAACGUCAACAAUAGCCUUGCAGCUGCUGUUAGAACUCAUCAUCAUGCCAAUACUAAUCAAUCUACAGAUUCUUUGGCUACCAGGGUUCAAAAUUCUCGUGCGGCUUCGGUUUUUCCUACCGCGAUGAACUUACAACAGAAGGAUCCUCAUCCGAAACAAACCAAUAAUAAUAAUCCUUUUGAAUUCGGACUUAUCUCUUCUGACUCGUUACUAAACCCUUCGCACAAGCAAGCCUCCUAUGGGAACUCCUCAAAAGGCUUUGGAUCGUAUCUUGACUUCAGUAACCAAGCGAAGCAUUCGGGUAAUCACAACAAUGAUGAUUCUUGGCCUGAAGAGCUGAAAUCAGAUUGGACUCAGCUCUCAAUGUCAAUCCCCAUGGCUCCAUCUUCCCCUGUUCAAGAUAAUAAACUACCACUCUCGCCUUUAAGGUUAUCGCGUGAGUUUGACCUUGGAUUAGGCGUUAACACCGAGUUUCUUGAGCCUGGGAAGAAGGCGAAUAACUGGAUACCGAUCUCCUGGGGUAACAAUAACUCCAUGGGAGGUCCUCUUGGUGAGGUACUAAACAGCACGACGAAUAGUCCCAAGUUUGGUUCUUCUCCAACAGGUGUCUUGCAAAAGUCGACGUUUGGUUCUCUUUCUAACAGUAGCUCCGGAAGCAGUACUGUCAUUGGCGAUAACAAUAACAAGAACGGCGAUGGAAAGGAUCCGCUUGGCCCGACCACACUAAUGAACACUUCUGCUACUGCUCCUUUGUGAAACCCAAAUGACAAUGGCGAAAACAAAACACUCUGUUUUCCUCUGUUUCUGUUUUUUCUCUUACAUGGUGCAUUGUGUUGUUGUUGUUUUCUUUUCUAUAUAUAAAGUCAGAAGAAACUAAGGAAAGAUGAGAAGAGAGAUAGGGUUUUGUUUUUUUUGUUCUUCAUAAUCUUUGUUCUUUGUUUUUCCUUAAAGACCCGUUUCUUCUCCAUCUUUCUCAUUUCUGAAUCCAUGGAUUUAUUUGCUCAA